AUGGACAACGUAUCUUACCCUGACAGGAAUACCUGUGUGCCUGCGAGCUUCUCUGCUUCCUCCGCCUGCAUCAACUGCUCUAUAAAGACUUCCCUGUGGUCCCUCUUGGUGACUCUGGUGAUCCUGUUCAUCCUGACUGGGACCAUGCUGGGCCCAGAUCUACUGGCACACAUUCCUGCAUCUGUCUACGUCAUUGCAGUGCUGAUGCCUCUGGCAGGGUAUGCCUUGGGAUACGGCUUAGCCACCAUCUUUAAGAUGCCCCUACACUGCAGAAGAACAGUGUCUUUGGAAACAGGGUGCCAAAACGUCCAGCUCUGCACCGCCAUCCUGAAACUCACCUUCCCCCCGGAGCUGAUAGGGAGCAUGUACAUGUUCCCCUUGCUCUACGCGCUUUUUCAGUCGGCAGAAGCAGGACUCUUCGUGCUGGCCUACAAGAUGUAUGGGAGAGACAGCUACAAACAAGAUGCCCUGGGUGAAGAGGAAGACACCGAUAUUUCCUACAAGAAACUGAAGGAAGAGGAGGUGGCCGAUACUUCGUACGGCACAGUGACCACAGAGGAGCACAACUCCAUUCAGAUGGAGCCGGCGCAGACGGCGCUUUAG